GUCUCUGCGUGUCCCUUCCAACAAUCAGGCAAUUAAUUGUUACAUGAGUUCGACCAUGAGUUGUAAUGGCUGCCGAGUUCUUCGAAAGGGCUGCAACGAGAAUUGCAUUCUCAGACAAAGCCUCUGUGCCAUCGAAUCUGCUCAAGCUCAAGCCAACGCCACUGUCUUCGUCGCCAAAUUCUUCGGCCGUGCCGGACUUAUGUCCUUCCUCUCCUCUGUACCUGAGUACCAACGACCUGCUUUGUUUCAGUCUCUGUUGUCCGAAGCAUGUGGCCGGACGGUGAAUCCGGUGAACGGAGCAGUCGGAUUACUCUGGACAGGAAACUGGCACGUAUGCCAAUCAGCUGUAGAGACAAUACUCCGAGGCGGAAGCAUAAGUGCUAUGCCGGAACUGUUUCCAGUCGGAGCUACGCAGGUGAUGGCGGAAAGCGACAAUGCAUCGGAAGCCAUUAACUGCAAUUUUGAUGACGUGGCGAACCUCAUCCCUGAGAAUCUCGAACUCCGACUUUCUAGAUCUGGUUUGAAGGAGGAGGAUGCGAGAAGGAGCUCCGGCAAUGGUAGGUGGACGGAGAAGCUGAGAACGGCGAAAUCGUCAGAUGUGUCUGAAACGACGACGUCGGAGAGUGGGACCGGUUCAGCGUGUAGGGACACAAAGCUUCUGAGACUCUUCUUGUGAAGAAGUCAAAGAGAUUAGGGGCUAAUUAUCGCCUUUAAUUGAUUUUUGUUUUAUUUUAAUUUUUUAGGUUUUUUUUCCACUGACCAGUAAAAUAUCAACCGUUGGAUCAUGUGUUACAACAAAUCUAUUGGAUCACAAAUAACAUAAAUAUGAGUUACAGAUCACAUCUACUCCUUUAUUCCUUUUGGAUAUGGUGACAUUAUAUAAACGGUUGUAUCUUUCAC